GGACCCUCACCGGUGCCGGUGCCGGGGUCGGUGCGGGGUCGGUGCGGGGCUGGUGCCGGUCCCGGUCCCACCAUGGAGGAGCCGAGCUGCGGGGCGCAGUUCCGCGCCGCCGUUCAGGUGAUCCAGGGGCUGCCGCGGAGCGGGGCGUACCGGCCCUCCUACGAGGAGAUGCUGCGCUUCUACAGCUACUACAAGCAGGCGACGGCGGGGUGCUGCCAGGGCCCGCGGCCCGGCUUCUGGGACCCCAUCGGCCGGUACAAGUGGGACGCGUGGCACAGCCUGGGGAGGAUGUCCAAGGAGGAGGCGAUGGCCGCGUACGUGGCGGAGAUGAAGAAGGUGGCCCAGAAGGUCAUCGACACCGUGCCCAUGGACGAGACCACGCAGGAGAUGUUCCGUUACUUCGAGCCGCUCUACGAGGUGAUCCACGACAUGCCCCGGCCCCCCGAGUUCUUCUUCAAGAGGAAAGGGGGUGAACAGUCGGGAACAGCUGGACGGCCCCACCAGGAUGUGCCAGGGAGCAGCCCGGCUCCGGAGUGCCCCGAGGAUGCCCUGCCCGGGGAGCAGCAGGCGGGCAGCACGAACCCUGGGAGGUGGCUGGCUCCUGCCACCGAGGGGCUUGAGGGCAGCCAGGUGACCAGUGACUCCGAGGGGGACAUGUACUGCGACACCUUGGAGCAGGGGGAGCCCAAGAAGGCUGGAGGGCCGCAGGGCCUCACCCCAAAUGGCAUCCAGGCCGGGGCUGAGCCCCUGGAGCCCCGUGGUGCUGGGCAGGGGCUGUGGGGCGAAGGCAGAAGACCCGAGGGGAGCAGCAGCACUGACCUCGAACCCUGGGCUCCCAGAGAGAUCCCCAGCCCACCGCGGGGGAGCGGGAUCCCGGGAACAACCGCCGAGCUCAGCCCGGAGCUGGAGGCCCACGUGGCCAGCGCGGUGCAGCCCUGCAGGAGGAGCUUGCGGCGGGUGCGGGAGCGGCUGAGCCGGCUGGAGACGCUCACCUGGGCACAGGGGGACACGGCUGGGACAGACCCCGACCCGGCACUUACUCCGCAAGUGACGUCCCCGUGGCCCCUGACGGUGUCCCCCGGCACGCUGCUCUUCCUCGCCACCUGGCCCUUCCUCACCCAGUGGCUGCUGCGCCGCUGGCAGGGCAGGAACAGGUGACCAAGAGGUGCCCGCCACGGCCCCGCUGCCACCCCAUCCUACCCCAUCCAUCCCGCUUGGCACCAGCCGUGGGAGCUCCGCGGACACAAUCGCAUCACCAGCCAC